UUCAAUAUGAAUUUCAUUAUAAUUUGUUUUUUAGAAUAAUGCAAACCUAAAAAUGUGUAACGGUAUUUGAUACCAAUUAAUUAUUGAAAAUAUUUUUAUGGUACCACUCAAAACAACAUGUUGCGCUUUUCACUUAAAAGUUUGAUUCAGCUUGCUGCUGUAUCAAGGUUGAUAUUUUUUAUCGUGCAACUCGUUUUUGAUGCUUGCUUUGAAGAUUUUGAUACCUCAACCAAUCAGAUUACUUUAUUUGAAGCAAAUAUUAGUAAGAGCCAAUCAAAUAUCGGUAGAAAAAUCUUUAACGGUGUAAAUAAAUGGGAUUCAGUAUAUUUCACCUACAUUUCUAUACAUGGUUAUGAGUAUGAACAGAUGCUUGCUUUCUAUCCUGGGUUUCCACUGUUGCUGAAUUUAUUUUCAAGAUUAACCGCUGGAUUAUUUACAUACGAGUAUUUAACAACUUAUAUCACCAGUUUUUUCAUGAAUUCGUUUUUUUUUGUUGUAUCUACAUACUAUCUUUACCAAUUAACAGACGGGAUAUUUGGUAAAAAAAUGGCUGUAGUUUCAAGUUUUUUGUUUAUUAUAAAUCCUGCCAAUGUUUUUAUGAUUUCAUCGUAUAGUGAGUCACUGUAUUCAUGUUUGCAAUUCAUUUUGCUGUACUACCUUGAAAGGAAUCGUUUUUUAAGUGCAUGUACUUUCAUAUGUUUAUCGGUUAUAACUCGAUCGAACGGUAUUCUAAAUAUAGCAUUUUUAGCGCAUUUCUUUUUAAAAAGAAACGCCAAGACUCUGAUUUGUCAGUUUUCAAAUAAGCCAGCUUUAUUAUUAUUUUUUUUACAGCCAAAUAAUUUGCUACUAACUCUUAUAAAUUGUUUAAGGUUUGUUUUACCACUGUGUUUUUAUUUAAGUGCACCUGCUAUCGCUUUUGCUAUACAUGUAUUUUGGGUGUACGAUAAUUAUUGUCAUUACAAUCACGUGGUAAGUUCUUCAUUUCAUUGGUGUUAUAAUAAGAUUCCAUUAUCUUAUUCCUACGUUCAACACAAAUAUUGGAAUGUUGGCUUAUUUAAGUAUUUUGAUACGAAACAAAUACCAAACUUCUUACUAGCUUUUCCAGUAAUUCUUAUUGUAGUAAUAGGUUUAAAAAAGUUUGCAUCGCUUCAAAAUUCUUACCUCGCUAUAAAAUCACUAGGGUUGAUAGACACAGAAAACUCACAUGUAGAAGGAGAAUCGCUAAAAAAUCCAUCAGACAUCUUUGUUUAUUUAACACAUUGUUUGUUUCUAACUUCUUUUGGUUUGGUAGCUUUUCAUGUACAAAUAUUAACAAGAAUGUUGUUUUCAUCGUGUCCUUUUUUAUAUUGGACGUUAGCCUCUAUAUUUAUUGAUAAUAAAAAACAUAAUGUUCUGCGGACAUGUAUAAUAACGUAUUUUGUUAUAUAUAAUAUUACAGGUGUUAUAUUACAUUGUAAUUUCUAUCCUUGGACGUAAGUUUAAACAUGAUAACUUUAUUUUA